AUGCAGCUCCUGGACGAGGCAUCCGAUGCGCUACGCCAGGAACAGCAGCGGUCCAAACGCUUUGUCCAGCGGCAAGACUCGGCAUCACUGAUGCCCCCCACACCUACCUCCCGGCCGCCGAAGAUGGAGACAGGAGAGGAUUUGCUGCUCAAGAAGCUGCCUGGGUCAGUCGAAGCUGCAGAAGGUCCGGAGGCCGUGGGCGCCGUCAGCGCAAAGAGCUCCUUCCGCAGCGCCCACUUCCAGGGUGUGCUCCCGUGUGAAGAGCCUCCCGCUCCUGCGUCGCGGCGCCACUCGUUGAUGUCGAAUGCGGAGGUCGACCUGAAGCUAGCGCAAUCUUGGCGAAGGAAGGGCACCGCCACUACGUCGAAAGUUGCAAGGACCGCCACAAGUGGCGGUGGCCUGAAGCAGCUCAGCGGGGAGGAUGAUGCUGAGCAGCUGCUCAUCAUCAGAACCUUGAACAGGUUCGUGCUGGAUCCGAGUUCGCCAAAGCGCUUGGGCUUCGAGGUUCUUGGAUUGUUCCUCAUCAUCUACGACCUGUUCUGGCUUCCCAUGCAGGUCUUCGACCCCCCAGGAAACACGUUCACAGAGGUGAUGGGAUGGACUAGCAGCAUUUACUGGGCUCUGGAUAUCCCAAUGUCGUUCCUAGUGGGACAGAUCAUCCAGAAGAAAGGCAUCAUUGAAAUGCACGUUAGAGCCAUCGCAGGUCUCUACAUUCGUGGAUGGUUUUGGUUCGACAUCCUUGUUGUUUCAGUGGACUGGUCACUGAAUGUGUAUGAGAUGGUGACCAACACGCGGAACGUGGGAGGAAUCAGCGCUCUCCGCCUCGGCAAAGGAGUGCGCAUCCUCCGCGUAUUUCGCCUCAUCCGCGUGCUGAAGGGAGGUGGCAUGCUGCAGGAGCUGCUGGACACUAUCCACUCCGAGCAUUGCAUCAUCAUUGUGGGGAUUGUCAAGCUUCUCGGCUUGAUCCUCUGCGUGAACCACUUCAUUGCGUGCUUGUGGUUUUGGAUCGGGCGGCAGGAUCCCAAUGGCAUAGACACGUGGUUCUAUGACAAUGCCAUCGAUGGAAGAGGUAUUCCUUAUCAGUACUCUACUUGCUUGCAUUGGAGUCUGACGCAGUUUACCCCGGCAUCGAUGGAAGUCUACCCGACCAACGCCACAGAGCGCAUAUUCUGUGUCUGCGUCAUUGUCUCGGCAAUGGUGAUCUUCUCCUCGUUCAUCUCUGCCAUCACAAACGCCAUGACGCAGCUGCGGACGCUGAACAAGGACAGAAAUGAGCAGUUCUCCUUGCUUCGACGAUAUUUGACCCAGUGCAACGUGUCUGGAGGACUUCUUGCACGGGUUCUGCAGAGCGUGAGUUCUGCCAUGAACAGAAACAAGCGGCGGGUGCAUGAAGAGGACAUCAAGGUGCUGAACAUGCUUCCGCUCAGCUUGCGGCAGGACCUCAACAGCGAGGUCUACUCCCCAACUUUUGCACUGCACCCUUUCUUCUCGGUGUGCAACUCCUGCUUCGAACUCCACAUCCGCAAGCUUUACUCCGUGGCGCUGAAAGGAAGGUCCCUGCCUCCAAACCAGGAGCUCAUCACAUCGGGCGAGUCAGCGACCGCGAUGUAUUUCAUCACUUCUGGGGCUCUAACCUACAAAUGCGACAAGCAGCUGUCGCCGCUGCCAGUUCUGCUGCAGGAAGGCAAGUGGAUCUGUGAGGCAGCUCUCUGGCUGAAGUGGUCCCACAAUGGCUUCGCCACCACCGGGCCUGAGGAGUGCGACGUCGUCGGCCUGGAUGCUGGAAAGUUCCAGGAUAUUUUCAAGGAUGACAUCACGGUGAAAAACUAUGCCGUGGCCUUCUGGACCUAUUUCAUGGAAUGCCCGGGCUCGCUCACGGACGCCUGGGCCGAUGAGGAGCUGCUGUUCGACUGGGCGACGGGCGCACUGGUGAGUGCAGAAAAGCAUGUUGGUGGUGUGAUCAACCCUGACCAUCGCAACCAUGCGUUCACCCGACACGUCAUCAACAAGCGCCGCUCCAGCAGCGCGAUGCUGGAUGAGACGCACGUAGGCAAGAUCUUCCCAAAAAGUGGCAGCUCAAUCGAUGGCCCGGAGUAG